ACGUUUAGGAGCAAAAGAGUCGACGAUGCGAUGGGUAAAAACAAAGCCCCGUGUAAAAGUGUCCGAAAACCGUGCGUAGCAUCAAACAAAUCGUAACUCGGCCAGCGAAUCUAGGUGCCGUUGUUUUCGGGGACGCGUGUGCAGUGCCGUUUUAAGUGUCGGUAAUCGCCAAAAUCCACAAAAAAUUUAAGGAUUUUUUAAAAAAACGUUCGCUAAACGCAUUUCGUUCGUUCACUCACACACACACGUAAACCUAACACACGCACAGACGCAGACAAACACAACGCGCAGCGCAUAUACACACACAAAGAAAAGAAGGCAGUGAAAAUCGACAAGCGCACGCAUGCACACACACACUGACAAGCACGCAGGCGAAAAAGUGUUGAUAUAUAUCCAAUAUAUUGAUGUUGUGUGCAACGUUGUUGUUGCUGCUGCUACUGCUGUGUGAGUGAGUGAGGGCGAGCGAGAAAGAGUGAGUGCGGUGCGCGCAGGAUAAAGCGAAGAUGAGCCACAAAGCGAAGGAGUGAAAAAAUAAUUAACGGCAAAGCGGACUGCAAAGCGCAGAGCGGAUAAAAGAGGAGCGUUAACAACAAUAACAACGACUGGGGGUCCCCUGCAAAAUCAACAACAACAGCAAGAACCACAUCAACAAUAAUAACAGAAGCAAGAACAUCAACAACAAGAACUACAACUACAAAUUGGCCCUCUUAUUUCGGCAGUCGCAUAGCAUAGCCCCAUCUCGCUCUCUCGUUCGUUGGGGGAUACGAAAAAGUUCACAUGCAACAACAACGACAACAAACAAUAGCAGUCGCAGUCGACGCGGGCAGAGGCAGCGACAGAGACCGCGGCGCACUGAACGUAUUUUGUACAUAUAAACAAAAAUAGUUUUUAAACUCCCCAAAAUCUAAAUCUAAACCUAAAGUUAAGUCUAAAAGGGAAACUUAGAGCCCUAAGCAUAAAUCUACAGUUAAUAAGUUAAUUAAAAGCAAGCGAGUCCGGCAGUGUGCUUGAGUUUGAAAGGGGAGAACCGAAGGAGAGGAACACAGCGAGAGAGAAAAGAGGAAGAGAAGAACGCUCAAGAGAAAUUCGCCUUUUACACGAUUUUAAAUUGAGCGUUUGGCAGAGAUCCAUUAUACAUAUACAUCCAUCCAAAAAGAGAGGAGAGUAACAGUGAGAGAGACGGAGGAAGAGGAAGCUGAGGAAAACAAACAAACGGGGGAGCAGCUGAAGAAGAAGAACAAGAAUCAGCUUCAGCAGUAGAAGGAGCAACUGUAAACACACACAAUCUCAGCCUCACGCUGGCGAAUCGCAACGGCGGCAACAACAACAGAGGAGGAGGAGGCGGCGGUAACAACAACAACAAUGGAGGAGGCGGAGGAGCGGCUGCAGUCGGCGCUGGCGCCGAAGGAGCAGCAGGAGGCGGCGCAGGAGCCGGAGCGGCGGGCAGAGACGCUGCAGGAGCAGCGGCCAACGAAUGGAAUCCGGAGGAAAUGGACCGCUUCAGCUUCGACGACUCCAUCCGCUUCGAGGAAGACUCCCUCUGCAGCUGGAGCUCUGAACCGGAAUCGCUGUGCAACAACUGGCGCGGCUGGAAGAAGCCCGCUGCAGGCAGCGGCGCAGGCAAUGGCGGCUUGAGCGGCAUGGGCGGUAUGGCUGUGGCCGGCGGCUCAGGAGCACCGCCGUUCGGAGGAGCAGGAGCCUCUGGUUCCUGCACACCGGGCGGCAAUGGAACGGCCAUGGCCAACACAUCCACCUGCGGCAGACAUUAUGUAUCCACAUUGGCCGAACUGGCAGCCCGCUGUGUGGCCUCCUACAUACCGUUCGAGCUGGUUGAGCACGUGUAUCCGCCGGUGCCGGAGCAGCUGCAGCUGCGCAUUGCGUUCUGGAGCUUUCCGGACAACGAGGAGGACAUCCGGCUCUACUCCUGUCUGGCCAAUAGCUCGGCGGACGAGUUCAAUCGCGGCGACUCGUUGUUUCGGUUGCGAGCUGUCAAGGAUCCGCUGCAGAUAGGCUUUCACCUCUCGGCCAGCGUUGUCAAUCAGACGCCGCGUGCCUAUUUCAAUGUGGCCGUCACCUUUGACCGCCGACGCAUCUCCUCUUGCAACUGCACCUGCACCUCGUCCGCCUACUGGUGCUCCCACGUAGUCGCCGUUUGUCUGCAUCGCAUCCAUUGCCCCCAGGAGGUCUGUCUGCGUGCCCCGGUAUCGGAAUCAUUGACUCGCCUGCAACGCGACCAAUUGCAAAAGUUUGCCCAGUAUCUGAUCAGCGAGCUGCCUCAGCAGAUCUUGCCGACGGCUCAGCGGCUCCUGGAUGAGUUGCUCAGUGCGCAACCCACGGCGAUCAACACUGUGUGCGGUGCACCUGAUCCCACGGCUGGGGCCUCGAUCAACGACCAGACCAGCUGGUAUCUGGACGAGAAGACGUUGCAUAACAACAUUAAACGAAUCCUCAUCAAGUUCUGUUUGCCCGCCCCGAUUGUGUUUAGCGACGUAAACUAUCUGACGAACUCGGCUCCCCCAGCGGCGGCCGAAUGGAGCUCGCUACUCCGACCGCUGCGGGGACGUGAGCCGGAGGGCAUGUGGAAUCUACUUUCGAUCGUACGCGAGAUGUACAGGCGCUGUGAUCGGAACGCAGUGCGUCUGCUGGAGAUCAUCACGGAGGAGUGCUUGUACUGCGAUCAGAUACUCAUCUGGUGGUUCCAGACGAAGUUGGCACUGAUGAUGGGGUCCCACGGCCACUCCGGCGGUAAGCAUUCUAACACUCACUCCAACUCCACGGCACUGCAGCAUGCUUGCAGUUCGCUGUGCGACGAAAUCGUGGCACUGUGGCGAUUGGCAGCGCUCAAUCCCGGCCUGGCGCCGGAUGAGCGAGAUAUGCUGCACGCUCAGUUCACGGCCUGGCAUCUAAAGAUUCUUGACCGGGUGGUCAAGAGCCGAAUGAUGCCGUCGUACACCAACAAGCACCAGCAGAACUCGCGAUCCGAGACGGAGCUGUUUAUCGGCUUCAAGCCGGCCAUCGAGGCGUGCUACUUGGACUGGGAGGGCUACCCCAUACCGGGAGUGACGCACACCCACGACACGAAUCCCAUCUACUACUCGCCGUUCACUUGCUUCAAGCACACGGACCUCAAGGGCGAGUCUAACAAUCCCGGCCAGCUGAAUGCCACCCAAGCGCUGAUGUCGAACAACAAGCACUACAAUUACUUUAGUUCAUCCAGCGAUCAUGGCAUGCACGCAGGAGCCUUCAAGCAGAGGUUGGACCGGCCUUUUCGUGAGUCGCGAUUCUAUACGAAUCCGGCCGAUCUGGACGGAGGAGCAGCGUUGGCGGGCGGAGGAUCCGGUAGGUUUUCCACGGGACUGGGCUCCGUUGCCGUUGGAGGAGCUGGUGCAGGAGGCUUGGGUCAGAUGAGCGGAGGAGUUAACAACUCUGUUGGAGGAUCAGCGGCCGCCGAAGUGAAUCCCGUGCAGCAGCAGCUUCCCAGUGGCUCGGCGGGAGUCGGUGCCUCUGUGACAAAUGCCAAGGUUGUGGUAGCAACAGAUGGCAAUCGUUCGAGUGCCAGCAGCGAGGGAUUCUGCGAGAACGACGAUUUCGGCGGCGACACCAGCAGCAGUCACAACUACUGUCCACCUGGACAGGCGGUUGUGCCUGGCCAGAAAUCAGCCCUCACGGAGUCGGAUUCGCAGAGCAGCUUCGAUGCAGUGUCGCAUCAGAGCAAGGAUGAGCCACCAGUCGGGGGAGUGGGUGUGGCAGUGGGUGUUGAACAAGCCCUUUCCACAUCUGACACUUCGUCGGCCUCCUCCUCAUCGUCAUCUGCUUCUACAGCUUCAGGGAGCUCUAAUAGUUCCACUUCCUCUAUGCUUAUGGCUGGACAGGAGGCUACUGUCGGUGUUGGUGGCGCUGUGCAGCAAACAACUCGUCGCCUCAGCAAGGAUGAAUCCUUUAGUAGCAGUAGCGACGAGUUCAACCAGGGAGGCGUGGGUGGAUCAGCAGGUCGAGUGGCUAUGGCCUCCAGUGGAAGCGGAUCGGGUGCUGGCGACACAGUAGCGGUGGGAUCGGGAUCAACAGCUGGCGGAGAUCUGACGCCGGUGCCCAGCACGUCGGCAGCUGCCCGUGCUGCCUUGGCCGCCAGCUCGACAGGGCCGGUGAUUUCUGCUUCACCUCAUCUCGCAGCUAGCGCCGCUGGAGGCUUAGGAGUGCUGGGUGUGGGUGCAGACCAGCCUUGCACCUCAUCCGCGCAUGCAGCCCGAGCACUGGCAGCUGCAGUGGCUGCUUCCAGCGAUAAGCCGCAUGUUUUCUCCAAUGUCCGGCCCACAGAGGACGCCUGGGAUAUACUGCUGGCCAGAGCCGAGGGUUUGCAUGCCCACGGUCACGGAGCCGAGGCUUGCAUCCUGGCCGUCCGUCUGGCCGAACAGAUGCUGGCGAAUCCGCCUAACCUACUUCUGGAACUGCCACCCGCACCCAAAAGAAAGGGCAAGAAGCAAAACGUGAAUCCCAUCUCGCAUCAGCUGACAGUUGUGGCCUCUGCAACGCUGUCCAAGUGCGCUUUUCUGUGCACAGUGCUGUCGGAGAACUCUGAACACUAUCACAUUGGCUUUCGGAUAUGCCUAUUCGCCUUGGAGAUGCCGCGACCGCCAGCAAGCACCAAGCCCCUGGAAGUCAAGCUGGCCAACCAGGAGGCGGACAUACUGGCUCUACUAAAGCGCCUGCCGCUGGGAUCCGCGGAACUGCAAGUAAUCCGAGAGCGAGCUGAGCAACUGCGCAGCGGAACCUUUAAGACGCGAGGAGAGGCUCUAUUGCCUAUUAACCUGGCCACGUUUAUUUUCGAUGCCCUAGUUACACUCAGCCCCUUAGGUGGAUCCACAAUUGUCCCUGGCGUGGCAUCCACUAGUGGUGUAUCAAGUGCGGCCGGCAAGUCUAUGGUCAAUACAGGCACACGUUUGCUGCUCUACAAGCACAACAGCGAUGAGAGUCUGGGAUUCGAUGCUGCAGUGGCUGCUCUCGGACUAAAAGCCAAUGUGUCGGAGGCAGAGCAUCCGUUGUUGUGCGAAGGAACCCGCCGGCAGCGCGGGGAUCUUGCUCUGACAUUGCUUUCACACUACAAGGAUGAGCCCCGCAAGAUAGCCAAGAUCAUGGAGAAGCUUCUGGACAGGGACAUACAUACGCUUCUAAAUGCGCCACUCCUGCCCGCUUACUACUCGAGUAACCCGCCUGUGAGGACGCGAAGUAAUCAGCCCACGCGUAGGGAGGAUCACGAUUAUGGCGGUGGCUCUGGAUGCGCCUCUUCCAACUGCAAUCCGGUAGCCAAUUUGUGUGAACUUUUGCCGGCGGACUACGGCAGUGUGGGUGGAAACAGUCGACCACACAGCUCCACGAGUGCCGAACUGGAACUAAGCAUGUGUGCCCUGAGCAUGGCCAGCAGUGGUAGCCAGUCGGGAGGCGUUCAAGGCAUGGUGCCCACAACGAAUGCAGCGGGAACCACGGGAACACCCAGUUCCAGCAGCACGACGGUCAGUGGGAGCCAGAAUCCCAAUGGUAAUCCCAGUGGCAGCGGUGGAGGAGGAAAUGGCGGAGGUGGUAACGGAGGAGGAGGAGGCGGUGGCGGUGGUGGUGGAGGCUCCACCAGUAGCCGAAGCAAGGAAAGCCGGUACAAGGGAAAGAGAGCAUAUCCCUCGAUACCCAACCAGCCAUCGGAAGCCAGUGCCCACUUCAUGUUCGAGUUGGCCAAGAAUGUGCUGACCAAGGCCGGCGGCAAUAGUUCCACAUCGCUCUUCACCCAGGCGAGCACGAGCCAAAAUCACCAUGGACCGCACCGUGCCCUCCACAUGUGCGCCUUCCAACUAGGGCUGUAUGCCCUCGGUCUGCACAACUGUGUGAGUCCCAAUUGGCUAUCGAGGACGUACUCGUCGCACGUCUCCUGGAUCCUGGGGCAAGCUAUGGAAAUUGGUGCGCCGGCGAUAAGCUUUCUGAUAGACACUUGGGAGGCGCAUCUAACGCCUCCCGAAGCAGCUGGCAUGGCCGAUCGUGCGUCGCGCGGAUGGGACAGCAACAUGGUCUAUCCGGCGGCGGAGCUGGCUCUGUCCGUUCUGCCCCACGCAGCUGCCCUCAAUCCCAACGAGAUCCAGCGUGCGAUUCUGCAGUGCAAGGAGCAAAGCGAUCUGAUGCUGGAGCGGGCCUGUCUCACCGUGGAGACAGCUGCCAAGGGCGGCGGCGUCUAUCCGGAGGUGCUAUUCCAGGUGGCCCGCUACUGGUACGAGCUGUACAUGCGGAACACGCCGAAUAACAGCGAGUUCGAGCCGCACGAUGACACCAUGGACCAUUCGGCCGUGAGUCUGAGCGCCCUCAUUGAGUCCCAGCAGCAGCAUGAGCUCCAGCAACAACAACAGGCAGUGCAGCAGCAACAGGCGGUUCAGCAGCAGCAGCAGGUGGUGCAGCAACAGCAGCAAGUGGUGCAGCAGCAACAACAGCUUGGCAUGCCCAAUUCCGUGGUGCCAGGCGGCGUUGGCCCCGGCCCCGGACUACCCGUAGCAGUGCAGCCACCCGUAGUUGGUUCUGUCCAGAAUCCACAGGCCCAAUUCCAACCCGUGGGCGUCGCCUCACUGGCUCCCCUCGGACUGGCGCAGUAUCCACCGUACAGCUUCUGCCAGGGCUUGUAUGCGCACCACCACAACAUGAGCUAUCCGCCCGGGCAGAUGCAGAUGUUCAUUUCGGCAGGGCCGCCGCCGCCACCUCAAGCAUACGGCGGCUACCAGCAGCCGCCGCCACAGCAGCCGCCGAAUCCGCAGCAACAGCAGCAGGUUGUGCAACAGCAGGUGCAGCAGCAGCAGGUGGUGCAACAGCAACAGCAGCAGGUUCAGAUGGCCGGGCAGGCGCCACCAGGUCACCCUGGGCAGCAAGGACAUCCAGGUCAACCGCCCUCUGGCUUCCAGCCGCAACCACCGCCAGGAGCAUUCCAGGCGCUGCCGCCGCAGGCCUAUCAGGCAAUGCAAGCGGGUCCCCCGGGCCCGCCGAUGGGUCCGCCUCAGGGCUACUAUGGUCCACCACCACCACCGCCUCCGAACGGUCCGCCUGGCGUGGGCGUGGGCGUCGGAGUCGGCGUUGGAGUGGGCGUGAUGCCAAUGCGCCAGCAUCAGCACCAACAUCCCGUUUACCCAUUCAUGCAGCAGGCGCCGCCGCAGCCACCGCAGCAGCAACAACCGCCGCCCUCGCAGCCACCCGUGCGACAACGACAACCACAUCAGUUUACACCCACCCAGCUGCGAUAUCUGCUGGCUGCCUACAAUGUGGGCAUGCUGGCCAUGGAAACACUGGCGCGACGCGUUCACGACGAUCGGCCGCAGGCGAAGUAUGCCCGCAAUCCGCCGUACGGCGAGGAUGUGAAAUGGUUGCUACGGAUCAGCAAGAAACUGGGCACCCAGUAUCUGCACCAGUUCUGCAUCUGUGCGGUCAACUCGAUCGUGAGUCCGUUCGUGCUGCAUGACGUGGCCAUUGAGUCCGCCCACUAUCUGGGCAGGAACAACCACCAGAUGGUGAUGCAGCACCUGCGUUCUGCGCUCACGCCUCUCGUCCAGAAGUGUCAGCAGAUGUACAUCCAAUGCAUCCAUCAGAAGCUGUAUCAUCUGACCCAGGGCGACUAUGAGGAGUUUGCCAGCAUUGUAGUGGCGGCACGCGCCGCUUUCCAGAUCACGCCGGAGGGGAACGCGCAAUUCAAGGACUGGCUGCAGUCUAUCAAGCGAUCGAAAUCAUGCAAAAAGGAGCUGUGGACCCAGAUCAAUGCGGCCCUGCAGAGCAACUCCAAAUGACAAAGACUUGACUCCUGCAAUCUGAUGACGGCAGUGGCAACAGCAACAUUGGCGACAACGACGGCGGCGGCAGGGACAUCGGCCACAGCUGAGUGCAAGACAACAACGGUGGCUGCGAGUAGCAGCAGCAACAACAGCGCUGGUAAUCACAACAACAUCGGCAAUAGCAGCAGCAGCGGCGUCAUUACCAACAACAACAGCAGCAGCAACGGCGGCAACAUCAACAUCGCCAUCAGCGACUCAGUGAACGGACACAACCAUCAUCAUCACCACCAUCACCACAGGCAUCAUCAUUUGCUGGACACGCCGGCUAGCAGCUCUGUGGGAUUAGCAACAGCUACAGCAGCAGGAGGAGGAGGGACAGCAGCAGCAAUCCCAGUAGCAGCCACACCGGUUAGCAAUACACCAGCAACAGCAUCGUCAUCAGCAUCAGCUGCAGUUGCAGCUGCGGCUGCAGCUGCUGCAGCUUCAGCAGCACCAAGCAGCGUGGCCAGCUACGAGCGAUCGGAGCGAAGACCCCCACUACUGGGAGCACCACCUGCGCUGUCCACGGUCAGCAAUAACAACGGCCGAUCGGGCGCAGCGAUCGCGUAUCACUCGCUGAUGCCGAACUUUUAUCCCAGCACGCGGCAGCUGCACAUGCAUGGCCAUGCCCGGGGUCAUGCGCACCCACCACAGCACGGUCAACCCCAUCCCCACCAGCAACCCCAGCCACACUCGCAUCCCCACGCGCAUCCGCAUCCGCACCCACAUCCCCAUCAGUACCAACUGCAGUCGCUAAGCCACUACCAUCAGCAACUUUAACAACGUGUCGCUGGCACUGCCCAUGGGUACGGGCUACCAGCGGCUGGUGCGCCUGCUGCUCCUGCUGCAGCGUCGUCGCUUUGGCGGCCGCAAGAACAAAACGGCGGCGGCGAACGAAGUGGAAGAGGAGAUGGACGCGCAACUGCAGCAGCCAGCGGUGGCUGUGCCUGUCGGCGAUGAGGCUGGGAACCAGGGAACCAUCGCCACUUGGCUCUGGCUGUGGCUGUGGCUGCUAGUGUUGCUGGUGCUGCUGUUGGUCCUGGGCCUGCCGCUGCUUUUGAUGAUGCUCCUCUGAUCCGCCUCCACAUCCGGAGCCAGUCCCCUCCCGAGAACCACCGCACUUAGUUCAUGUUAAACAUAGUUCUUAUUUGUAUCUUCAGUUUUCGUUAGCCAUUUUUUUUUUUUCGUAUUUAGCUACACUUAGAUACACGAUGGAGACACUUUUCAGGCGUGGGUGUGUGUGUGUGCGUGUGAGCAUUUUAGACUGAGAUAUCUGCCAACAACAACAAAUACCGAUGCCCACACACAGGCACACACCCACGCAUAAGAACAACAACAACAACAACACCCACAAGCAUGGAAGUUGGAAAAGCUCUGUUUGAUUUUUCAAAAAUGUGUUCAGUUAAACUAACGUAUUUAUAGAGAUGAUCUAUCAAAUAGUUUUCUACACCGACAGCUAUAUGAAAAAGAACUCGGACUUUUACAUAUAUGCUUACGAUCCCUAGACCUAACUUUAAAUAAUUUUCACUAACAUCAGCUUCGCAAAACGUAAGAAUACCCAUCUUCUUCUAUAUAUAUAUAUAUAUUUUGUAGUCUUAAGUAUGAGUAAAAAAAGAACGGUUUAUAUACCAUAUACAUAUUAAUACCGGUGGUUAAGCAAUUUUUUAGGAUUUUCAAAUUUAUUUGACCAACAACAUUCAAUAUCCAACACGAAAACCCAUCGAUGCACUAGAAAUUCUUCGCUGAGCAGUUUAUUUUGAAUGUUCAACUAGCAAACGAUCUCAACUAAAGUAUCCUCACAUUUCCAGUUGUGUAGAAUUACUACGUUUGAAAAAUGUGGGAAACCGCGCCACGCCCACAAAAAGCUGAAUCUGAUGGAUGUGUAUUUAGGUCUAUACAGCUAAACAAUAGAUAGCGAAUAUUCGAAAUAAACUGCCAGGAUUUCUUUUGCUUCGACCUACAUAUAUGUGUCCGUCUUUUCCGACUUUAUAACGACCGAGCAAAGACAGAUCGAAAUCAUUAUGCUCGCACACAUGCACACACACACACACACACACACACACUUUUUAUGAUAUACAACUAUUGAAAGAAAAUGGUUUUUGUUGGUUAAUCAAACGAGUUUAGCUAAAUCAUCAGAAGAGGAGUUUCUAUUUUUACAUUUAAAAUAAACAACAACAAAAAAAGAACAAAAAACUACAAAAACAAACUAAAAAAAUAUAUAUUCUUUGCUUUACAAAAUUGUUUAUAUUUUCAAACAUUUUUUAAUUAUUUUUUAAUGGUUUUUAUAUCGACGCAUAUAAAACAUUCUUAUUAUUAAACCAUUAAUACACAAAAGAUACAAAAAGCAAACGAAAAAAAAGAUCAAACAAUUUUUUUUUAUUAUAUACAAACAGUGCUGUUUUGAAUAAAUAUGGUUUUUUGGAUUUAUUUCAAAACACGCAGUGAAAAGCGAAAAAAAAAACGAAACAAAAAACAAAAAACAAAAACACACAAAAUAAUCUAUGUUGGUUUUAUUUUUCUUGGUUUUCCUUCCAGAUCACAUAAUUUGUUCACUUAAGCUUUGGUUUUCACUUCUUACUAUUAUUCACUUCUUAUUAUUAUUAUUGUUUAGUUGAUCCUUUCUUUUGCGGUUCUUUGCCACCCAAUCCCAUCCAUCAUUCCAAUCCAACGCAACCGAUCUUCAGCCCAAACAAAAGCAAAAAAAAAAAGAAAAACUAAAGCAAACUGCCACUUUCGUGAGGAUUCGAUUCAGUAAUGUUACAUGAAUAUUAUAAAUAUAACUAGUUAUACACGAUCGCGAGCCCCUGAAGAUUCCUCGAGUGCAGGCGGCCUGAGCUCCUCGGGAUUCCGGAUCGGAUCCCUGGAUUGGUAUCGAAGCAGCCGGAUCGGAUCGCUUCAGUUCCCGCUUAAAGGUUGUAAAUACGGACGACGUCUUAUAUAAGUAUUGUAACUCCCUUGUGUUUUUGUAUAAUUACGAGUAGAGCAGCCAGAAACCGAUUAUAAAGCGAAUAUAUAAAUGAAAUUACAUCGAAUCCAGACCGAUUUCGAUUUCGAUUUCGAUUUGGAUUUGGAUUUCGGACUCAGAUUCGAAUUCUGAAAGCAAUCGCGUAAUUUGUAAACUUUUAGUAGGCAGUGUUUUAUACAAAGAGCGUAGCAAAGAAAAUACCGAGAGCAACUUAAUCUAUUUAUAUAAAGUAAAACGAACGCAAUCUGUAAAUUAAAAUUAACAACAUGUUUUUAAAUUACCAUAUAGUUGACUAUUUCCGUGACAAAAAAAAAAAAGAAAACAAGAAGAAACAAAAACCCAAUUUAGAAGGAAAGGCAGACGAUUUCUCGCUUUGUUCGCCAUUAAUAUUUGUAAAAUAACGAUAAUCCCCAAUUAGCAAAACCAAACGAUCGAAGAACGAAUUGUGGAAAAUAUAAAACUAUAGCAACGCAACUAGCAGACAAAGGAAGACCAUUAACCCAUUGACUCGAACCACUCAAUAACAAUAACUGAAUAGUAAAACGAACAAACCAACAACAUUCGAUCUUAAAUAAAAAUAAUAAAUGCGAACAUAAUGUUAACGUAGCCGAUUAGCCUUUAGAUCACAUAUAGCGCAUAUUUUACACAAGCGUAGUGAACCAAUUUCCAAACUAAACUUAGAAACUCCACGAACCCCAAUUACACAGAUCCCCAAAUCACCAACUCACCUACACCAAAGUUUUUUUUUUUUUGAGUCAUCUGCAGUGGAAUAGUUUUCACUUCCAAAAAAAAUAAAUUAUUCGAUUUUUAAAUUCAAUAUCGUGCACGUACAUUAACUCCUUAUUUUUAAUGGUAGAAAUCGAAUAUCUGGACUUUGCGUAGAUUUUGAAGAUCUGUCCCAUAUCAUUCAACUGCCACUGACAUUAGGUUCAUCUUAGAACAAUAUUAGCAAGUAAUGCCGAUUCCAUUCGAGAUUCAGUUUCCACCAACUUGGUCGUAGGACUCCACGAUUCCCCCACAAGACAUGCACCCACAAUUAUCCUUGCGCCCUGGCGUGUAUAUAGCCAAGCACUGGAUCGUCCGGAGCUGGACGGGAUGUGGAUGCAGUGCGGCUAUGUCAGCUAUAUAGCUUGCGAAUCUGCUUCCCGUUUGGAUCUGCACCACAUACAUAACAUAUAUACAAAUAUAGACAACUCCCAUAUAUAUAUAUAUAUAGAUAUAUAUAUAUAUAUAUAUACAUAUUUACAGAUACAUAUUAAAAUUGAAGCGGACAUAAAUUAAUAUUUAAUCUUAAGUCGGAAAUAAAACAUUACCUCAUACUUUAAAAACUUAUGAAGACAGUUACAAGUAGAACACUCGAAAAUAUAUAGAUUAUAUACCAUAUACACGAUAAAUAUAGGCCAUUUUUUUGUAGCAAUCGAACUUAGGCUUUAUGAAAUUCUAUCAUUUGUGAAACGAAUAGCAGCUAUGAUUUUCCUGCUGUGAGAGAGAAAACCGAGGAAAACCGUGGAAAUGUGCAGUUUUAAGGAGGGAGUGGGAUUAACUUCCAUUCCGGGGAUUCCCCCAUUGGCACCUUUCUCUACUCAUGGCUCUUUGUACAUUUUUGCACUGUAAAAAUAAAAUAUUAAAAAUAUAAAUAUAUAAAUUGCUUGCUAAAAAAGUUUAAACAAAAACGAAUGGAAAACGCGCAAAGUUUAACAUAAAAUAUAUACAUACACGAAGCGACGUUAUUUAUAUAUACGCCUACAGAAACAUGCAAAAAACUAUUAUAUACAAAAAAAUAUAUACAUACAUAUAUAAAUAUAUAUAUAUAUACAAUACUUAUUUACAUUGCGUAUUUUAGCGUUUUAUUCGACAUCGGAAAAAAUAAAAUUAAACCAAAAACCAAUCGUAGAAACGCUACAAAAGUGUUCUUUUUAACGAAAACAAAAAAUAAAUAAAAAUAAAUACAGAGAGCGGAAAAUAGAAUAUUAAAUUAAGCAACAGAAAAUAUUUAUACACUGAGAUGCCGCGGCGAGUUGAAAGUUUGAAUAUAAAAAAAAAAAACAGAUUGGAGAGCGACAAAUUUUUAAUUGAAUUUCUAAUUUUACAAAAGCAUACAUGUUUUAUUUACCAAUCGCUGUAAAUAUCAAGCAACACACUAUUCUGGUGGGCUUUUUUUUUUUUAAUUUUAAACUGUCUCCACUAUUCGGCCACAGCCCCCAGCCACGCCCCCUGAAACCAAUACCACUACAAUGCAAAGCUUUAAUUCAUUGCCACACACAACACAAUUCAUAGGGACACAACACAUACACACCCAGCAAAGCAAAUGUGCUUUAAAAAUAAAAAAUAUGUUUCUCUUAAGUAAACUUAAAAACUUUUUACAAACAGACGAAACACAAAGACACAGAAAACAAGAACUCUGCCAAAAUCAAGCUAAUACAGACGAACAAAAGUAAAAACUAAAUGAAACCCGAAAUCUUCUCUAAAAAAUAGCAACAAAUUGUAAACAAGAAUAUAACACGGAAAUAACUAAUUAUACAUAAAUGAUUAAAUAACGACUCGAUGAGCAGAAAGAAUAACAAAAAUGGAAAUUAAAAAGCUUAUUUUAUAUAUUCAAACAUACAACAAUAAAAAAAAAACCGAAAUGACCAUUAAUGAACUAAAUUAUAAACGAACCGAGAUAUAGUGUAUAUGAAUGAUUUUUAACAAUGUAAAAAUUUUGAACCAGUCUCUUUCGAAUUUUAUUCGUUUUCAAAUGGUCCGAAAAGCAAGAAGCUGAGUUAGUGAGGGAGAGAGAUAGAGUGAAGAGAGGGCUAGAGCAGCGCAUUAUUAUUAACUAAUUUAAUAUGCAAUAUAUCUACUAUAUUUAAAGAAAACCAAAAUAAUACAGAUACAUGAACGAGGAAAAUUAAAAUAUACACCGCAAGGGAGGACAUAAAAUGAACACAUUUUAAAACAAUGAAAACAAAACGAAAAAAAUUAC